AUGCCGUCCUACAGCCAGGAACCUGAAGAUGCACAACGCGCUGCGAAAGCUCGUGGCUCCCACUUUCGCGUGCAUUUUAAACACUGCCGUGAAGUUAGCCACGCCAUUAAGGGUAUGCCUUUGAACAAGGCUAAGAGCUUUUUGCAGGCUGUGCUCGAGUACAAGCAGGCUGUGCCCUUUACCAAGUUUACGGGUGGCUGUGGCCGUCAUGCUCAGGGCAAGCUUCGUGGUGCUGCUGGUGAUAAAUGCAAGUGGCCGCAAAAGGCUACAAAGAUUAUUCUUGAUCUGGUAAAGAACGCAGAAGCUAACGCCGAAGUCAAGGGCCUGGACACGGACCUGCUGUACAUCUCGCACGCUCAGGCCAAUGCCGCCAUUAAGCAACGCCGUCGCACGUACCGCGCUCACGGUCGCAUUGGCCCAUACAUGUCUAAUCCAGCCCAUAUUGAGCUGAUUUUGACGGAGAAGCGUGCUAACGUUGCCAAGGCCGUGGAAGAGGUCAAGCCAACCAAGGUAUCUCGCAAACGUCAGGCUCAAUUGCGCCUUAAGUCAGGUGGUGGUGUUCCGGCUAACUAA